UAGUGAUGCUGGGAGCGAGAGAACUGUGCACAGAGGAGCAAUUUGACUGUUUAGCGGGCGUGUUUGCAAGAUGUGCAGGUUCUUCUUGUUUUUCUUUUGUUGCCGGCUGCCCUGGCCCAGCCACAGCCACAGCUACCAAUUCAGCUGUCCGUUUGGAUGCGCUGUGCUUGGAUGUGCAAGAAAAGCGCUUCAUACAGCCAAUCAUUGUGGAAGCCCAUGGUCGAUCAGCCACGGAGGUUCCUUUUCUUCUUAUUGCUUUCCCUGCCGGCGUUAGCCGGACUGAAGGUAAGAGCUCACAUUCCGAGACCGACCAUGCUGCCCGCCACUGCACGAACCCGUGCGCACCUUCGUGAGAUCAGGUCGUCGCUCACAGGCUCGUCGCUGCCGAUGAAAGAGAGGCCGAGCAGGUGAACCAGAUCAGCCUGGUGGAGAGCCCAAGGAUCCACCUUGGUGGCCGACCUAUACUCUUUAAACAUGCUGCUUAGAUGGUGAUUUGACAAGAGAGCACCAGUGUCUCGGUCCAGG